AUCUGACCGGCCGCGAGAGAUAGCCGCUCCGAGCCUCCGACCUUCCCAUCGCCAUUCCUAGCCAAAGUCCACACUCCACAGAGCUCCGUCCAUCCAUCAUAUUUGUUAUUUUGUUCGGUUCACGGCUGACGACGUCAAUUCCGAGCUGGUCUUCCCUAUCGACUGAAUUUCCUUAUCUCUCUCCCCUUCCGUCUGUCUUCUGGUCGUCGCCACAGCCCACAGGUAUGUGCUCGCACUCUCCGCAGGUUAGUAGGUUGAUUGGUUGAGAAAUUCGGUAGAUAAUUGGUGGAGGGUGUAAGAGAAGUUGCUAAAGAUGGGAGUGAAACAGGCUAUAAAGAGCCUGGAUGCCUUCCCUCGUGCAGAAGAACACUUGCUGCAGAAAACGCGUUCCGGAGCUCUUGUUUCUGUUAUCGGUCUUGUGAUAAUGGCUACACUGUUUCUGCACGAGCUCACUUACUACUUCCACACGUAUACAGUUCAUCAGAUGUCUGUUGAUCUGACACGUGGACAAACUCUUCCAAUCCAUAUAAAUGUUACAUUUCCUUCUCUGCCUUGUGAUGUCUUAAGUGUGGAUGCGAUUGACAUGUCUGGCAAGCAUGAAGUGGAUCUUGAUACAAACAUAUGGAAAGUAAGAUCAUGUUCCUCUCUCUUGAAGAAUAUUUCACUAUUGCAGCUUCGACUGAACAGUCAUGGCCAGAUUAUCGGCACUGAAUAUUUGUCGGACCUUGUGGAAAAGGAGCAUACUCACGAUCAUGGUAAUGACAAAGAACAUCAUCAUGAUCUUGAACAAAAACUUCACAGUCAUGGCUUUGAUGAAGAGGCUGAAAAUAUGAUCAAGAAGGUGAAGCAAGCUGUGACAAACGGAGAAGGAUGCCGGGUAUACGGUAUCUUAGAUGUCCAACGUGUUGCCGGGAACUUCCACAUUUCAGUUCAUGGGUUGAACAUUUUGGUUGCACAAAUGAUUUUUGAAGGAGCUAAGCAUGUCAAUGUGAGUCACAUCAUUCACGAUCUAUCGUUCGGGCCAAAAUAUCCUGGAAUUCACAACCCUCUUGAUGGGACAGAGAGGAUUCUGCAUGAGUCAAGUGGAAUAUUCAAAUACUAUAUCAAGAUCGUUCCGACGGAGUACAGAUACAUCUCUAAGGAAGUUUUACCAACUAAUCAAUUCUCAGUUACAGAAUACUUCUCUCCAAUGAAUGACUUGGAUAGAUCAUGGCCAGCUGUUUACUUUCUGUACGAUUUAUCACCCAUCACUGUGACGAUCAAGGAAGAAAAUCGUAGUUUCCUCCAUUUCAUAACUCGCCUGUGUGCAGUUUUAGGCGGUACAUUUGCAGUAACAGGAAUGCUUGAUAGGUGGAUGUUUAGGAUCAUGGAAGCUGUGACAAAACCAAAUGCUAGAAGCGUGGUACGAUGAGAAACUAUGAAUCGCGAAAUCAUAUAGUCUUCUCAUUUUGCGGACAUCCCUUUUCUUUACGGGAGAUUGAGCUAUUAGGGAUCGUGAUUCAAAAUUACAAGAGAUGAUGAAUGGAUUUGGAAGGCUGGUCAACUUUUAACCUUCUGUUACCGUCUCUUUUGGGCAUUUACUGGUGGUAGAAUAUCUGGUUCUGGUCUAAUGGUCUACCAUUUUUACAUGCUGAAUGUGAUAUUGUAGAUCUUGAGAACGUCUUUUGAUGUUGUAAUAGAAACAUUCAGCAUACCGGCCCUCAAUUUUGGUUGGUAGAACGAAAUGGACUCUGUACUAUUAUAGCUCGAUCUUAUGAUUCCAUAGCAACCGUCGUAUCAUCAUUGUUAUAAGAACCGAACCGGAUCUAUGACUGGGCCAGUAGAAGAUCUAUUAGAUACGGUUUUAUCACCGCUUUUAUGGUUCUUUGGUG